UCAUGUUAUCGUGCGAUAUCACGGUGCACAAAUUUAUAUUGUAUAUGUGGUCGUAAACGACCGAGACAGACACUGUUGUGUCGUCUUCAGCUUCAGUGUUGUGUCGUAUUCUGAUUCAUCUAUUCAUUCACGUAACACAUAGAUAGCAGCAUGUUAUCAGGUACACAUAAAAUAUGCAGUUUCCCAAAAGCAAUAUGCAAAGUCGUAAAGUUCGACAGUCUGCUCUUACGAAAUCGACAACUAUCGACGAUGACCAGUAAAACCCGGAAUGUAGAGGAACGAAAAAUCAAAGUAGACGACACAGAAAUCAAUUAUGCCAGAGUUGGCAAGGGUGAUCAUCCGGUAUUACUGUUGCCUGGCGCGUUGGGAUCGAUAUGGACUGAUUUUAAGCCGCAGGUCGAAAAUCUGAACGUGGACAAACUAACUAUAGUGGCAUGGGAUCCACCAGGUUACGGAAAAUCACGGCCACCAGAAAGAACUUUUCCCGACGAUUUUUUUCAGCGUGACGCCACGUGGGCUCACAAUCUGAUGAAAACCUUGGGCUAUUCGAAGUUUUCUUUGGUCGGCUGGAGUGACGGCGGUAUCACAUCGCUUUUGCUUGCUUCAGCAUAUCCCGAAAGCAUCAACAAGAUGAUAGUCUUCGGUGCAAAUUCGUACAUACACCCGGACGAGAUAAAAGCAUAUGAAAGUAUAAGAGACAUUAACAAGUGGUCGGAAAAAAUGAAGGCACCUAUGAUACAAGUCUAUGGUGAGGAUCACUUCAGAAAUACUUGGUCAAAUUGGAUAGACGCAAUGUUACGAUUGUACAAGAAGCAAAAUGGUGAUCUGUGCAAACAGGUCUUAUCAAAAAUAAAGUGUCCGACGUUAAUCAUUCAUGGAGCCAAAGAUGCAAUGGUCCUGCCGGAACAUCCGACAUACUUAAAGCAAAACAUCAUCAAUUCGAAAGUUCAUAUUUUCGAAAAGGGUGCACAUAAUCUUCAUCUAAGGUAUGCUGAAGAGUUCAAUAAAUUAGUGACGGAUUUUCUUGUAGAACAAUCGAAAAUAUAAUAAGUCACAUAUUUAUAAUAUACAUGUAAUAUGCAUGUAUAUUAAUGAUACGUUUUAUUCAUAUGGUAGCAGGUUUGUACAAUUUUAUUCGUGAUAUGAUCUAUUAUCGCUCAAUUUUGUAUACUGAAUUUUUUGUAUACUGAAAACUUUAUAAAUUUUAAUAUUGAAAUAA